AUGGUUCUUAUUAUAGCGUAUGAAGAAGACUUCAUCGAUUUCAUCGACGCGCACGCCAGCAACAUGAAGGCAGUUCGAGGGUUCAAGCGCGCCACAGUGUACGUAUGUGAUCCUGACGAAGAUCGCGGCUACGAAAAGCAUGACAAGCUUCAUCGCACCUUUUAUAUAUAUUACGAAGUAGAAGACGAAGAAAGCUUACAGAAGUGGAUACAAAAUGAAGUAAGAUAUGGGCUUUUCAUCAGAAAGUCAUGCUUUUCCAUUCUUAACUUAUCAGCAUAUGCCUACUUUCAUCAGGAGCCAAAAAUUAUCAAAGACCUUGAAAAGCUACUCAAGUCUGAUGAUGAAAAAGAGAACAUUAUAGUUGAUUUUCGUCAAGUACUUAAUCCAUUGGCCCAGUAUAAACUGAGCAAGCAACAGAAGCGAAAUCGCGCAGACUAG